AUGCUGUCUCAACUGAGUACUACCGAUCAGAUAUCUCAUACUAGACACCAUAGAAGACAAUCUUCUAUGUCAAGUGACGAAGAUCCUUUUGCUUUAGCUGAAAAAUAUUAUGGUGACAAUAGGAAAAAGAAUUUUGGUAAAAACUCCCCACUAAAUAGGGUUCGGACUUUUAGUACCUUUGAAUCAACAUCAACAAAGCAACAGUUUCUAAAGGAGUUGAAUGAACCACAUCCCAUUACUGACUCCAUUAAGGAAGGAUCCGAGCCUCCAAGUUCAGGUGAGUCAAAAUCACCAUCUCCACUGCUGCAAGUAGCAGGAGGAGAUAAUGGAGGAGGAAUUGCAUUUUGCAACACUCCAGGUUCGGGUGCCAAAGUAAAUUUCAACCUCCAUAUGAAUCAUGAUACUGAUGCUGACGAAGACGAAGAAUACGACAAGGAAGAGACCCUUGAUAAGAAGAAAUUUCCCAAGUUAAGUCGCGAGGUGUCACCAGACUCUGUCACACCCGAUGAUAUUGAUAUCGAUGGAGCUCAAGAAAAAAGGUUUAUUAGACAAGCAACUGAACUGGCCAUGAAAAAGAAACCUUCCAUUGUACCUCUUUAUCAACACGAAGACAACUCACAAUCAUUGGCACCGCCACCUCAAAACACCCUUCAUUUCAGAAGAGCAUCGUUGGAUGACUCCAUUCUUCGUCCGAAAAAGUACUACAUUAGUGAUGUCCAAGAAACUUUAAAGGAGUUGUUGGAAAAUGAAGAUACUGAUAACAAUUGCCAAAUUACAAUCGAAGAUACUGGUCCCAAAGUGUUGAGAUUGGGGACAGCGAACUCCAAUGGAUUCAAACUGUCAUCAGUUAGAGGCACUUACAUGUUGAGUAACUUGUUGCAAGAAUUGACCAUUGCUAGUAGAUUUGGUAGACACCAAAUUGUUUUGGACGAAGCAAGAUUGAACGAGAACCCCGUCAAUAGAAUGAAACGAUUGAUUUCAACUUCGUUUUGGAAGAAUUUAACUAGACGUAUCACAAGGGAAAACAUUGUUGAAAUGUCCAGAGAUACAAAGAUUAAGGAAUCUUAUGUUGAUGAAGAUGGCAAAUUGCAUGAAGGCAAAGAAAGUUAUAGAAUCUAUGUUCCCCACAACCGCAAGGAUCAAUAUGAUUUCCUUAUGAAGAUCAAAAAUAGCUCAAAGGAUAUUCCCUUGGAUGUUCAAUACUUGCCAGAAAAGAUUGAUGCUGACUAUAUAAAAUCAAUCAACAAGAAACCAGGUUUGUUGGCCAUUGCAUCGCGUCCUGAUCCGAAUGAUCCAAAUAAUUUGACUGGGUGGCCAUACGUUGUACCAGGUGGUAGAUUCAACGAAUUGUAUGGUUGGGAUUCAUACAUGGAAACUCUUGGUUUAUUAACUGAUGUUCAUCCUGGCCAAAACCUUGAUCAUUUGGAACUUGCUAGAGGAAUGGUUGAAAAUUUCAUAUUUGAGAUUGAAUAUUAUGGGAAAAUCCUAAACGCAAAUAGAUCGUAUUAUUUGGGUCGUUCGCAACCACCAUUUUUAACCGAUAUGGCGUUGAGGGUAUUUAACAAGAUCGUGGAAACCGAUCCUGGUGAUGUCAAUGAAGCGGUUGAUUUUUUGCGUCGUUCAGCAUUGGCUGCUAUCAAGGAGUACGAAACCGUUUGGUGUUGUUCUCCAAGAUUGGAUGAACGUACAGGACUAUCAUGUUAUCACCCAGAGGGUAAAGGUAUUCCACCUGAAACCGAAGCUUCUCAUUUCAAUGCUAUAUUGAAAGAUUAUGUUGAGAAAUAUGGCAUUAGUCAAGCAGAGUUUAUUGAAAAAUACAACAAUGAAGAGAUUAAAGAACCCAAAUUGGAUGAGUAUUUCUUGCACGAUAGAGCAGUUAGAGAAUCUGGUCAUGAUACUUCAUACAGAUUAGAAGGUAAGUGUGCAUACUUGGCCACAGUGGAUUUGAAUUCACUUUUGUACAAGUAUGAAAACGAUCUUGCAUUUAUUAUUUCAAAUUGCUUUAAUGAUCUAUUGGAAGGUAAAGAUGGUAAAGUCCAUUCAUCGGAAAUUUGGAUUGAGAGGGCCAAACAACGGAAAAUAAAUGUCGACAAGUAUCUUUGGAAUGAAAAAGAUUGCAUCUAUUACGAUUAUAACGUGCAUGAACACAAACAAGAAGAUUAUGAAUCAGCAACAUGUUUCUGGCCUUUAUAUUCUAAAUUAGCUUCAAAAGAACAAGCUGCGAAAUUAGUUGAUGUUUCAAUCCCCAAAUUUGAAGAACACGGAGGUUUAGUUGCCGGUACGUUGAAAUCGAGAGGUGAAGUUGGAUUGAGUAGGCCCUCACGUCAAUGGGAUUAUCCAUUUGGCUGGGCUCCACAACAAAUUUUGGCUUGGAUUGGGUUGGUGAAUUAUGGAUUUGAUGGUAUUGCCAGAAGAUUAGCUUAUAGAUGGCUUUACAUGAUGACAAAGUCAUUUGUUGAUUACAAUGGAGUUGUUGUUGAAAAAUACAAUGUCACGAAAGGUGCAGUUCCCAUCAGAGUGGAUGCCGAGUAUGGUAACCAAGGUUUAGAUUUUAAAGGUGUUGCUACUGAAGGUUUUGGAUGGGUUAAUGCAUCCUACUUGUUUGGAUUAACGUUUUUGGAUCUUUAUGCACAAAGAGCCUUGGGUACAUUGACUCCACCCGAUGUGUUUUUGAGAAACAUGCAUCCAUCUCAAAGGAAAGGAUAUCAAUGA